GUGUGUGUGUGUAUAUAUAUAUAUAUAUAUAUACACACACACAACAGUCAUCUCCCUCACCUGUUAAGGUGACGAGUCUGCAUACAGACAGGGGACUCUGAUGAAUACCCUCAAAAUUGUGGCGAUCAGUGUGGACUUCAGAGGGGGACCCCUACACUGCCCCCCAUCUCCAUACUGAACAACUCUGUGUCCGCUAUGGAGACCUUCAGGUUUCUGGGAUCCACAAUCUCCCAGGACCUAGUGGGUGUCCAACAUCGACACAAUCAUCAAAAAGGCCCAGCAGAAGAUAUACUUGUACCUGUACCAAAACGGAUCUUUCUUUAGCAGAUAAUAGUGUGUUCAUGUAGAACCGUGUUCUUUGUAAUAAGAAGCUGAUGCGAAAUAGGUUUUCAAAUUGUUUAGAUUGAUGUUGGGGUUGCACUAUAAUAACCUUCUGCUGCCUCUUUGAUGAUCCAAUAAGUCAGGUUUGUUUGCCCUUGACUUAUCUGAACCCCUCCCACCAGUCACCCGCAGCCUCCCCAUUGUUAUCUGUAUGCAGACACACAGCCAGGUCUGAAAGUCAAUGUGCCGUUUCAGGAUCCAAUUUUCAUGGAUAUAACUAUUGAUCUCCUCGGCCUGUACAUAUGCUCAUGAAUAUUUACGAAGUUGGUAGGCCUAGCAAAUAACCUUAGAAGUCAGGCUCAAAGGCAACAGAUAACAGUCAUAAAUAGAGAAUGUUUAUGAAUUUGCCAAAUUUGCAUUUGGGAUUAUAUACGUGUCAGAAACAGGUCAUGCUUUGCUGUCACACCUCUGAGCCCCAGUCCAUUGUCAGUAAACAACCUUCCCAAAGCUACUUAUUACUUUUGUAUAUAUUCAUAAAACAUGUCAUGUCUUUGUUUAAAAACACACAGCAAGCAUGGUAGAGCCGAGCAGAGCAGAUAAUGACAGGACAGGAAACGUGUUGGUGUUGGUCUGUGUGUAAGUGAGCGCGGAAGGGCCUAAUAUGCAAACGUAUAGAAACGCAAAUAUAUAUAUUAAACAUUAAUAUUCGUUCUACUUGUUUGGUUUUGCAGCUUGUGUGUGUGAACAAUGAACUUCUGUCUUCUCUCUCUCUCUAACAGUUACAUCUUCAGACUGAGUUGUACGCGGUUGGGCCAGUGGGCCAUCGGCUAUGUGACCAAUGACAGCAACAUACUGCAGACCAUCCCCCACAACAAACCGCUGUUCCAGGCCCUCAUUGAUGGCUACAGGGAGGGCUUCUACUUGUUUCCUGAUGGUCGCAGUUACAAUCCUGACCUCACUGGUUUAUGUGAGCCAACGCCUCAUGAUCACAUCAAAGUGACACAAGAGCAGUAUGAGCUGUACUGUGAGAUGGGCUCCACCUUCCAGCUUUGCAAGAUUUGUGCUGAGAACGACAAAGACGUCAAGAUCGAACCCUGCGGUCACCUUAUGUGUACUUCCUGUCUAACGGCCUGGCAGGAAUCGGAUGGUCAGGGUUGUCCGUUCUGUCGUUGUGAGAUCAAAGGCACAGAGCCCAUCAUUGUGGAUCCCUUUGACCCACGCAAUGAGGGUAACAGGUGCUUUUUCCUGGACCAGCACAGCUGCCCCUUGCUGGAGCUGGAUGAUGAGGAAGACCGAGAGGACUGCCUCGUCAUGAAUGGACUGGCCAACAUCAGGAAGCACUGUGCAGAGCGUCAGAACUCGCCCAUGGUGUCUCCCAGCUCUUCACCUGUCAACCAACACAGAAAGGUCCACGGAGGAGACCUCAGCCACUGUGUCCAGCACCUCGGCCUUCCCCCUGUCCCGCCACGACUCGACCUCAUUCAGAAGGGCGCCAUCCGCUCCCCAUCCGCCAGUCCCACCGUCUCCCCGAAGUCUUCGCCAGGAAUGUCCAGGAAGCAGGACAAGCCUCUCCCAGCCCCACCUCCUCCGCACAGGGACCCACCUCCACCGCCUCCCCCUGAGCGUCCUCCUCCCAUCCCCCCAGAGUCACGUCACUCAUGGCUCCCCGCUUCCUCUCCCUUGUCGUCUUCCAUCUCAUCUUCUACGGGCACGCUGUCAAACUCCCAAAUGCACCCUGAGACACGGCUUCUCAAAGACAGUCACUUUGCAGAUGCCCACAGGACUCGAUCCGAGCACCCACUUCAGCUGGAAUCCACAGGCACCUCUCACCUGAACGGAAGACCGCUCAGUUUCCCGUGUGCUGGAUUUGGAAGGUUACAUCACAGAAUUGAGGGGCCAGGAACCUUAGAGAGCUCACAGGUAGGGCUUGGAUAUCAGUUUCAGGUGAAAUCUUCGGAUGAGUAUGUAAAAGCCUAUUUCUUUUUUUAAAAUUGUUUUCUAAAUCUAUAACCAUAAACUUUGUACAGACAUUCAUGCUUUUGAGAAUCCUAAUGACUUAGGGCGGUGGUUCACCCCUUAAUGACAAGCCA